AUGUACUAUGGCUUCACAGCAUCUACUGGAUCCACAGGAGCACUUCACUAUAUGUUGGCUGUGUUCAGUACCGACAACCUCGAGAAUCCUCUAUGGUAUAUGAACGUACAAUAUCCCAAGAAACCAUCUCAUACAGCAAGGACGGUUUUAGUGAUAUGCUUAAAGUUAUCGGUGAUUACUGCGUUUGUGGCCUCGUGGAUCGGUUCCGUCUUCUAUGUGAGGCAUAAGAAGGUUAAAGAGAUCUCCCGUUCGAAUAUGGUGAAGGAAGAUCUCCCGUCCGAUUCGGAAACUCAUUUCAAAGGGAUCGAUUUAAGAGAGAAAGAGGGAAUCGAUUCCAAAGUGUCUGAUUCUGGUCUUGUCGAUGAAAGGCGUUCCAAAGGGAUCGAUUUAAGAGAGAAAGGAACGCAAGAAACUUCCAAAAUGACUGACUCGGAGCUUGUGGAGGUAAGAAGAUUCUUUCUGCUCCCUCUUCCUCUUCUUAGAAAAGUGAGAAGCUGAGUAUGUCAUGUAAUGGUCUGGUAUCUAAUCAGAUUGGAGUUGACUUUAAUUACUUAGAUCGGUUUUCUCUUCAUAACUUCAUUUUUGUUUGUUUGCUGAUACUCGUCUACAACUCCUGGUACAAAAUUUGUGUAAUUAUAUAAAUAUUCCACAAAUUGACUGGAACUUGAGGUCG